AUGAAGGACUUGGUUAAGCGCGUGGUGCUAAAGACCCACCCGUGUCAGGAGUGCGGCAAAUCCUUCAGCAAGAAGGGAAACCUGAAGAGACACCAGCGGAUCCACACGGCAGAGGAGCUCUUCACUUGCAGGGAGUGUGGGAGGCGCUUCACCACCCGGGGCCACCUCACGACCCACCAGAGCAUCCACACAGGAGAGAGACCCUUCUGCUGCGGGGAGUGUGGGCGCUGCUUCCGCCUGGAGAUAUGCCUGGCCGCCCACCAGAAGACACACGCCAAGGGUGGUCCCUACCUCUGCGCCCGCUGCGGCAAGAGCCUGAGCACAAAGAUCUACUUCAACAUCCACAUGCGGACCCACACGGAGAAGAGGCCAUUCGCCUGCACCGAGUGCGGGAAGAGCUUUGUGAAGAAGGGGACCCUCACUGCCCACAAGGAGAUCCACAAGCGAGAGAAGCCCUUCAAAUGCCCUGACUGCAGUAGGUGCUUUGGGCAAAGUGCCACACUGCUGGCCCACCAGAAGAUACACCUCCGCGGGGGGCCUUUCAUUUGUACGGAGUGUGGGAAGAGCUUGAGCACCAAGCGGUACUUCAACGUCCACCAGAGGAACCACGCUAAGCAAAAGCCGCUCGAGGGACACAUCAAUGGUGUGUCUCUCCGGGUCAUCCAGAUUAAAGAGGAGCCUGAUUUUGCCUUCAGAUCCCACUGGUGGCUUUACAGGGGAGACAGCUUAAAAAGGAAGAAGAUGCUGAUGGGCAGCAUGAACGGGAAGUCCCCAUAG